AUGUUUGGAAGAGCAAUGGAAAUGAGAAUGGCAGCUGCUUAUGCCAUUUUAUUGGUGAUAUCGGUCUGCAGUUCGAGUGUGGCGAGCUCGGAUGGUAAGAGGAGGAUGCGUGAAGAUGAAGGCAGAGCAAAAACAUCUCCCAAGAUGAAUGACAAAAUGGCUGAAACAUGGAAUCAUUGCAUGGAAGAGAUGGGAGAAAAGAGAGUUGCUAUGAAAGGUUUUAACCUCUACAUACCACAAGCAACCGAUGACUUGAUAUCGCCAUUAUUAACAAAACAAAGGAUGCACAAAGCUAUUAAUACUUUGCCUCCUCAAGUGAGAGAAGGGUUUCUUGAUUGCUUAAAAAAGAAUGGACUUGUCUUUCCUGCUUCUGAUCCAGAUGUUACCUCAAGCUAUAUACGGUCGCAUCCAUCUGGAGGUGUAUUGGAUUAUUCACUUCACAUAUCGAAAAAGGUUUCAAAAUCAGGUAAAGCUAAAAAAAAGAAAAAGAAGGAUAUGAUGACAGUUAUUAUUGCUGUUGCUGCAACUUCUGUCACAACAUUUAUCCUUGUUGCGGUGGUCUUCUACUUUUGUUGUUUGAGGAAACUUGAAGAACCAAAGGAGGAAAAACCUCUUCUACACUUAACCGAUUACUUGAGUGAAGGUUCUUCACACAAGUCUAUGAAUUUAGGCUGUUCGAGCAAACAAGAACCCACUACUGGUGAAUAUAAUGACCCUUCUCCCGAUAGUAGUUUGCCUGCACAACAAGACGAUGGCUUACUUCCAAAACCACCAGGAUCAGAUGUACCACUCCUGAAACCACCUCCUGCGAGACCAACUCCUCCUCCUCCAGCACCACCGCCUGCAGCACCAGCUCCUCCUCCUCCUCGUGCUGCCCCCCCACCGCCUCCACCUAAAGGUGUCCGUCCUCCACCACCACCAAAAGCGAAAGCUGGACCUAUUGGAGGACGUAAACGUGAGACUUCUUCUUCUGAUGGUGGUGGUGGUGAUUCUUCACAAAAAGCCAAGUUAAAACCGUUUUUCUGGGACAAGGUUACAGCUAAUGCAGAUCAGUUAAUGGUCUGGCAUGAGAUCCGUGGUGGAUCAUUCCAGUUGAGUGAAGAGAUGAUAGAGACUUUAUUUGGUUAUCAAGCGAAUAAUAACAAGAGUAAAGAGAAGAAAGAUAAACCAGUGGAACCUGUGAUCCAGUACAUUCAGAUUAUCGACCCUAGGAAAGCUCAAAAUUUGUCUAUUCUUCUACGCGCACUAAAUAUUUCAACACGGGAAGUUGUUGAUGCUCUCAAAGAAGGCCACAGGCUUCCAGGAGAGCUCCUUCAAACAUUACAAAAGAUGACACCAACACCAGACGAGGAAUUGAAGCUUAGAUUAUUCGCAGGGGAUAUUAAUCAAUUAGGCCCUGCUGAGAGAUUCCUUAAAACCGUGGUUGAAAUAGCUUUUGCCUUCAAACGAAUUGACGCCUUGCUGUUCAUGAGCAAUUUUCCUGAGGAAGCUGGUGGCCUCAAAGAAUCCUUUGCAACUCUUGAGAUAGCUUGCACGAAGCUAAAAAAUAGCAGAUUGUUCAUGAAACUUCUAGAAGCAGUGCUUAAAACGGGUAACCGCAUGAACGAUGGUACCUACCGUGGUGGUGCACAGGCAUUCAAGCUUGACACACUCUUGAAACUAUCUGAUGUGAAGGGAACAGAUGGUAAGACAACACUUCUCCACUUCGUAGUUCAGGAGAUCAUACGUUACGAGGGCAUAAGAUGUGUUCGCUCAUCAUCAUCAAACCAGGGAUCAUCAUCUAGCCAGGGAUCAUCAUCAAGCCAGGGCUCUAGCCUUGGCAAUUUCAAGGCACUGGACUUCGUUGAAGGUAACGAAGAAGACACUGAGGAGCAUUACCGCAGUCUUGGUCUUGAAGUGGUUUCAGGUGUAACCACCGAACUUGAAGUUGUCAGGAAGGCUGCUGCUAUUGAUGCUGAUGCCCUGCCAACUACUGUGACAAAACUCGAUUUUGGUUUGAAAAAAACUAAAGAGUUUUUGAACACGGAUAUGAAGGGUACCGAUGAUGAGGCCUCUCAAUUUUAUCUUACAUUGUCUAGUUUUACCGAAGGUUCAGAAGCUGAAAUUAAAGGACUAUCAGAGGAAGAAAAGAGAAUAAUGGAGCUCAUCAAGAGCACAGCAGAUUAUUUUCAUGGUCAGGCUGGAACGAAGGAAGGGUUGCAUUUGUUUGCGAUUGUAAGGGAUUUCUUGACAAUGUUAGACAAGGUUUGUAGAGAAAUUAGAGAUACCAGAGCGAAGCAGCUAGCCCAGAAAGCCAAGGAGGCCAAAAACGCAGGUUCAACAGCAGCUUCUAAAGUGAACCAACAAAAAUCGUCUUUGGAGCGUCAGCAAGACAAGGAUUCCAAGAAAGAAGGUUCAUCAGAGCCAGCUUCUGAAGACAGCCAACAGCAAUCGUCUUCGGAGCCUCAGCAAGACGAGGAUUCUAAGAAAGAAGGUUCAUCAGAGCCAGCUUCUGAAGAGAACCAACAGCAGUUGUCUUCAGAACCUCAGCAACACGAGGAUUCCAGAAAAGAAGGUUCAUCAGCGCCAGCUUCUCAAGAGAACCAACGGCAGUUGUCUUUGGAGCCUCAGCAAGACGAGGAUUCCAAUAAAGAAGAUUCAUCAGAGCCAGCUUGUCAAGAGAACCAACAACAACUGUCUUCAGAGCAAGACGAGGAUUCCGAGAAGGAAGGAUCAUUAGAGCCAGCUUCUCAAGAGAACCAACAGCAAUCGUCUUCGGAGCAAGAUGAGGAUUCUGAAAAGGAAGGAUCAUUAGAGCCAGCUUCUCAAGAGAACCAACAGCAAUCGUCUUCGGAGCAAGACGAGGAUUCCGAAAAGGAAGGAUCAUUAGAGCCAGCUUCUCAAGAGAACCAACAGCAAUCAGCCAUCUUUAAGGAAGGAUCAUUAGAGCCAGCUUCUCAAGAGAACCAACAGCAAUCGUCUUCGGAGCAAGACGAGGAUUCCGAAAAGGAAGGAUUAUUAGAGCCAGCUUCUCAAGAGAACCAACAGCAAUCGUAUUCGGAGCAAGACGAGGAUUCCGAAAAGGAAGGAUCAUUAGAGCCAGCUUUUCAAGAGAACCAACAGCAAUCGUCUUCGGAGCAAGACGAGGAUUCCGAAAAGAAUGGACCAUUAGAGCCAGCUUCUCGAGAGAACCAACAGCAAUCGUCUUCGGAGCAAGACAAGGAUUCCGGAAAGGAAGGAUCAUUAGAGUCAGCUUCUUUAGAGAACCAACAGCAAUUGUCUUCGGAGCAUCAGCAAGAUGAGGAUUCCGAAAAGGAAGGAUCAUUAGAGCCAGCUUCUCCAGAGAACCAAAUGCAAUUGUCUUUGGAGCAUCACCAAGAUGAAGACUCCGAAAAGGAAGGUUCAUCAACACCAGCUUCUCAGGAGAACCAACAGCAAUCAUGUUCGGAGCCUCAGCAAGACAAUGAUUCUGAAAAGGAUGGAUCCUUAGCGCCAGCUUCUCAAGAGAACCAACAACAACCGACUUUGGAGCCUCAGCAAGAUGAGGAUUCCGAGAAAGAAGGUUCAUCAAUUCCAGCUUCUCAACAGAGCCAACAGCAGCCGUCUUUGGAGCACCACCACGACAAUGAUUCCGAAAAGGAAGGUUCAGCGCCAUCUUCUCAAGUGAACCAACAGCGAACAUAUUCGGAGCCUCAGCAAGACGAGGAUUCCAAAAAAGAAGAUUCAAUAGUGCCAGCUUCUCAAGAGAAACAACAACAACAACCGUUCAGUGCGCCAGUCACCGCCCCUGGUUAUUCAUAG